AUGCUGGAAGAGGUACCGAUGCCUUGGGAUUGGCCUGUAGAAGUGAAUUAUCAUGAAGCCAAGGCCUUUUGUGAGUGGAAAUCGCAACAGCUGGGGAAAAAUAUUCGCUUGCCGACUGAAGAUGAAUGGUAUCGCCUGUAUGCGGUUUCAGACCUGGAUCCACAUUUACCAAGUCCUGAACAGGCCAAUAUCGAGUUGAAGUACGGCACCAGCUCCUGCCCGGUCGAUCAUUUCAAGCAGGGCGAUUUUUAUGAUAUUCAGGGUAAUGUCUGGCAGUGGACUGAAACCCCGAUCUAUCCAUUUCAGGGUUUUCAGGUGCAUCCGUUUUAUGAUGAUUUCAGUACACCGACCUUUGACGGUCGCCAUAACCUGAUGAAAGGCGGCUCCUGGAUUUCGGCAGGCAAUGAAGCUUUAUAUAGUUCCCGCUACGCCUUCAGACGGCAUUUCUUCCAGCAUGUCGGUUUUCGCUAUGUCGCCUCUGAUCAGGCACUGCAACAUUUCCCUUCAAACUAUGAAAGCGACCAGCUAGUCUCCCAAUAUCUGGAAUUCCAGUAUGGCACCGAAUAUUUUGGUGUCACCAAUUUUGCCAAAACACUGGUCCAUCUGGCGCAACCCUAUUUUCAGCGAACGCCGUGCCAUCGUGCCUUAGAUAUUGGCUGUGCCACCGGUCGCGCCAGCUUUGAACUGGCACACUAUUUUAAUCAGGUAACCGGUCUGGACUUUUCUGCUCGCUUUAUCCAGCAGGCAGUUUAUUUGGCCCAAGGCGACAGGGUACGUUAUCAACUGCCACUAGAA